UAGUUUGCCGCUGAGCCUCUUCAGACAGAAGCUAAUCGAACGCUCUUGGAGUAACAGAUCGCAGCUGUCAUCAUGAAAUUCCUGGUUAUUGCCUUUGCCGUUGUGGCCUGCGCCUAUGGCGAUGUCUCCCACUUGGGCUACGACUACUCGCCGCCGGCACCUGCCCCAGUCUACUCUGCCCCAGCUCCGGCUCCGGUCUACCAGCCUGCUCCUGCCCCUGCUCCAGUUGUGAUCCCUGCUCCUGCCCCAGCUCCAGUGGUGAUCCCUGCUCCCGCCCCCGUGAGGAGCUACGUCCCACCUGCACCCAUCAGCAUCCCAGCUCCGGCUCCAGUGUACUCUGCUCCUGCACCGGCUCCAGUUUACUCUGCCCCAGCUCCUGCUCCCAUCAGCAUCCCUGCCCCAGCUCCGGUCUACCACCCAGCCCCAGCUCCCAUUAGCAUCCCAGCUCCGGCACCAGUGAACACCUACAUCCCACCUGCACCCGCACCAGCUCCGGUCUACCAGCCAGCCCCUGCUCCCAUUCCCGUGAGCAUUCCGGCUCCAGCUCCCGUCUACCAGCCUGCUCCUGCUCCCGUGGUGAUCCCUGCUCCUGCCCCUGCUCCAGUUGUGAUCCCAGCUCCCGCUCCCAUCAGCAUCCCUGCUCCUGCUCCCGUGAGGACCUAUGUGCCACCUGCACCAAUCAGCAUCCCAGCUCCCGCUCCAGUUUACUCUGCUCCCGCUCCUGCUCCAGUUUACUCUGCUCCUGCCCCAGCUCCAGUUUACUCUGCUCCUGCCCCAGCUCCAGUUUACUCUGCCCCUGCCCCAGCUCCAGUCUACUCUGCUCCCGCUCCCGUCUACCAGCCAACCAACACCCAGGUUCUGGAGGAGAUCGAGCCCGCAUCCAACGAUGGCUACCGCUACAAGACCGUGCGUCGUCGCGUCUACCGCCACCGCGUCUAAACUCAAACCAAAGCCCAACGAAAAACCGUUUCCUAACGAAUCCCCAAAGGGGAGACGUAAUAAAAAAUUUCCGCCUUCAAUUUGUUAAACAAAAAGAAAA